GUAAUUUUAUUUUUAAAUCGGUCUCAAUAAAAAGAUAGUUAUCAACACGAAAAUUACGUGUGAAAAUCUGUACGGUACCAGUAUGCGAAAAGACGUCUUGAUCACAUGGUUUCUAACCAUGACCCAAACCUUUGUGCUGGCAUCAGGUAAGAAUGAAUUCUAUUUAUUUAUCUGAAACUAUUUUGAAGAUUGCAUCAAGUUAUGCCGUAGACUGUUUUGUUAAAGCUUUCGUUAUUUUAAAAGUGCGCCAUACAUACAAGGAGUUCAAAAGACUGUGGUUGGUUGUAAUUAUUGAGGAUGUGUAAUGAACAAUUAAAUGAACGUUUCGGCAGAAUGCCUUCCUAUGCAAGUACAACAAUAAAAAAAAAAGAAAAACAAAAAAAAAACAACAAAAAAAAAAACAACACAAGAGGAGAAAAAAGCAUGAAGUCAACCGCAGAGCUUAACCUGCAUGAUCAAGACAAUAAUGGCUGGGGGUAAACAACCUAAUUGUUGUAUUUUCAAUAUUGAAAGCUUGCAAACCUGGAUGGUUUGGAUCAAGUUGCCAGUACAAGUGCCGCUGCACCAACCAUCUUUGUACCACGGAUGGGGAAUGCCCGGAUGGAGAUCAGUGUGAACAAAUGUGGUUUGGUCCCGCUUGUCAAUACGGUAGGUCUCUUGUGUGACAGUACGGCAGGUCUCUUGUGUGACAGUACGGCAGGUCUCUUGUGUGACAGUACGGCAGGUCUCGUGUGUGACUGCACGGCAGGUCUCGUGUGUGACAGUACGGUAGGUCUCUUGUGUGACAGUACGGUAGGUCUCUUGUGUGACAGUACGGCAGGUCUCUUUUGUGACAGUACGGCAUGUCUCUUGUGUGACUGCACGGCAGGUCUCUUGUGUGACAGUACGGCAGGUCUCUUGUGUGACAGUACGGCAGGUCUCUUGUGUGACAGUACGGCAGGUCUCUUGUGUGACAGUACGGCAUGUCUCUUGUGUGACAGCACGGCAGGUCUCUUGUGUGACAGUACGGCAGGUCUCUUGUGUGACAGUACGCCAGGUCUCUUGUGUGACAGUACGGCAGGUCUCUUGUGUGACAGUACGGCAGGUCUCUUGUGUGACAGUACGGCAGGUCUCUUGUGUGACAGUACGGCAGGAUUUUACAUGUCAGCGUAGACGUUUGUAUGUGUUUUUAUUGUAAGUUUUAUGCAGCAAUAUUGUUUCGAUGUAUAGAAGCUUUUUUGUGGAAAAUAUAGUUGGUUGUACAUUCUAAUUUAGUUGGCUGCUUGGUCGAUUAUUUGCGACAAAAUAGCAAUUUUUAUGGUGUGUGUGUCGGUAUAGUAAGUUGUAUGUUUGAUUUUUUUAUUUUAUUACAUUAAGGAUUAUUUAAUACACUGGAAAAUAAUGAUGUAUAGGCUUUCAGACAUAUGAUAUGAACAGAUUUCAUUAGAAAUGCAUGGUCUACACUUAAAACUGCUUGCUGUAUUGCCUGGGGAUGUUGCAACAUGUACCAUACACAUUUAAUUAGUCAUGGCUACAUAAUCCAGAGAUAGGAUUCCACUGUUAAAUGUAUAACAAAUGUGAGACUGUCAAAACUGACUCCAAUCAUGACAAAAUUCGCUAAAAUCUCAGAGGACCUAGUCAGAGUGGGCCAAGUAAGGACAACUCCGCCCACCAAAUUGGAUAUCGUAACAGACGGGAGUGAUCGUACCUGCCUGACAAACAUCACAUCAUUGGAACUUGUAUGGAAUACGUCAUACCCAUUCACAUGGCUGAGGAUUACAGGACUAUAUGCAGGUGAGUGAUUACCUGAUCGUUGAGUGAUUGGGGCAGGUGAGUGAUGUACUUGAUCGUUGGAUGAUUGUGGCAGGUGGGUGAUGUAAGUGAUCUUUGGGUGACUGGGGCAGGUGGGUUAUGUAUUUGACCGUUGGGUGAUUGGGGCAGGUGAGUGAUUGGGACAUGUGGGUGAUUUAACUUAUCGUAGGACGAUGGUGGGUGAUGUAUUUGACCGUUGGGUGAUUGGGGCAGGUGGGUGAUUGGGGCAGGUGGGUGAUUGGGGCAGGUGGUUGAUUGGGGCAGGUGGGAGUGUGGGUGUGUUAUGUAUUGGGCCGUUGGGUGAUUGUGGCGGGUGAGUGAUUGGGACAUGUGGGUGAUUUAAGUUGUCGUAGGACGAUGGUGGGUGAUGUAUUUGACCGUUGGGUGAUUGGGGCAGGUGGGUGAUUGGGGCAGGUGGGUGAUUGGGGCAGGUGGUUGAUUGGGGCAGGUGGGUGAUUGGGGCAGGUGGGUGAUUGGGACAUGUGGGUGAUGUACCUUAUCGUAGGACGAUGAUGGGAGAUUAGACGAGUGAGGUAUAUAGUCAGGUGGUGAUGCAAGAAGGUUGUCGAUGUGGGAAGGUUGGUGAUAUUGGCAGGUUGGUGAUGUCGGUAGGUUUGUGAUAUAGGCAGUUUGGCGAUGUGGGCAGGUUGUUGAUGUAGGCAGGUUGGUGAUGUAGGCACUUUGCUACAUUAGAAAGGUCGGGUAUAUUGGAAGAGCGGACACACACUGGGGUCGGUAACAUAGACAGGUGAUAGUUGUACACAGGUGAGAAAUGCACUUGUCUAACGGGAGACUUUGAAAAAUGACCACAAUGGACAGAUUGUGAUUCGAAAAAAUUCACUUAAUCCACAGUUAUAACUUUAUUUUAAAACGUUUUUUUCCCAUCUAGUUGUGAUGCCAGGUUACCACGUGACGUUUAAGGACAGUAAGAACAGCACAGUGAACUGUACCGACCAGCGUAACAAUCGGGUCAACUCUAGAACUGCGGACAUAUUCUGUGACCUUAAUGUUACCGUGCAAGAAAUCCACAUUGCAGGAGCCAAGGGAGAAGCAAUGGAUGUCUGUUCUUUUUACGUCAGCGGAGGUCGGUACUAUUUUUUUUUAUGUUAAUGGCAGUGACGUAGCUAGGGGGGUUCGGGGGUGCGGACCGGGUGACACCAUCUCCGGGGGGACAUCAAAGUAAAAAAAAUUGCAUAUUUAUGGAGAAAUAAUUUCUAGGUCUAACUGAAUUUCAUAAAAGGAUAACCAAUCAUUUGCCAAUUUUCCCCCACACACGCAACCAAUCCAACUGCGUGCUUUCUUAAAAGUUCAAGCUUGCUACCUCAUAAAUGGGGUGACCCCAUAAUUAGGUCAGAUAAACACCGUUUUGACCAUGUUUCAGCGCCGAUUGAAGUGUUCGGUAACUUUCGUAAGGGACAGGAAGAAGCUAUAUUUAUCAAACCUCUGAGAAAUAAAGCUUUUCAUUGAUGCCAAAUACGAUGUGGUUUGGGCGAUUCUCAGUACAAGAAUCGAAUCGGUGAAAAUUACACACAUUACAAAAUGACACUUUACUCAUUGAUAGGGUUAACAAAAUGAUAUUUUACCAAAGUGUCUCAUCUCUGUUAUUUAGAUGUAAAAAAAAAAUGUUUAAAAUCAACAUAUAUCAAAAUCAAGAAAUGCUCAAAAAAUAAAUAUUGUCGUCGAUUCGCCACCAGCGUCGCCCCUUAACAUUAGAGCACGAUUGUCAUACAGCACCAGGUCUUUGACAUGUUGUCCUACAGCACCAGGUCUUUGACAUGUUGUCCUACAGCACAAGGUCUUUGACAUGUUGUCCUACAGCACAAGGUCUUUGACAUGUUGUCCUACAGCACAAGGUCUUUGACAUGUUGUCCUACAGCACAAGGUCUUUGACAUGUUGUCCUACAGCACCAGGUCUUUGACAUGUUGUCCUACAGCACAAGGUCUUUGACAUGUUGUCCUACAGCACCAGGUCUUUGACAUGUUGUCCUACAGCACAAGGUCUUUGACAUGUUGUCCUACAGCACAAGGUCUUUGACAUGUUGUCCUACAGCACAAGGUCUUUGACAUGUUGUCCUACAGCACAAGGUCUUUGACAUGUUGUCCUACAGCACAAGGUCUUUGACAUGUUGUCCUACAGCACAAGGUCUUUGACAUGUUGUCCUACAGCACAAGGUCUUUGACAUGUUGUCAUACAGCACAAGGUCUUUGACAUGUUGUAUGUGAGUUCUCGUUUAUCUGCUACCUUUACCUUUGGGCUGAUCUAAUUGAGGAAAUGUAUCUUACACAUCAGUAUCUGUAGCCUAAGGCUUUAUUCUUGACUAAGUGAAGACCAACCUAGAGGCCUCAAGAUUUUCACGUGGUGGAACAUGCUAUUGUACAAGCACUUUUAAAAUAAGAGAAUAAUGGAAUGUCGGUAGAGAUUAGAUUAAGGUUUAAGAAGAGAGUGGCAGGAGAAUAAUUAAUAGAUGCUAGACUCUCACUGCCAGAAGAACACAGGAUGAAGAUGCUGGAGUAUACGAUUAGCUUUCAUUAUGAACCCCAGAUCAGAUUAUCUUUGAUGGAGGAAGUAGCAGAUAUGUUUGGGGCUGUUCAACCCAAAGGUCUACUACCAGCAAGUGAAAAUGGUCAUUGAUGAUUUUUUUCCAAAAUUAAUCUUUUUCUUCGUUGAAUUAUCAGUAGAUGAACUUUUAAAAGAAAUACAAAGGCUUAGAAGACACUUAAGGCAGCUGAUAUUCUGCCUGUGACUGAGGAUGAGGUGAGGCGAGUCAUCAUCAGGUCUGCUCCCAAGUCUUGUGCCCUCGAUCCUAUCCCCGUCCCACUGCUUGUAGAAUGCCUUGACGUCCUCCUCCCAGCACUCACCUCCAUCAUAAAUUCUUCGAUUCUCUCUGGCAUAUUCCCUCCCAUUUUUAAACGGUCGAUUGUCCUGCCCCUCCUAAAGAAACCCUCACUUGAUCCAAACACACUCAAGAAUUACCGCCCCGUCAGCAACCUCUCCUUUCUCUCAAAAAUCAUAGAAAAACUCAUACUCUCUCAGCUCUCUGGCUAUCUUCAUUCUCGCAAUCUCUAUCCUUCCUCUCAGUCCGCCUACCGACUUGGUCAUAGCACAGAAACAGCACUGGUCCGAGUCAUGAGUGACCUCCUGCGCGCGAUGGACGAUGGCAAACUCUCUAUUCUCACUCUGUUAGAUCUCUCUGCUGCAUUUGAUACCAUUGACCACCAGAUUCUUCUUGACCGCCUUCAUCUUUCUUUCGGACUUACUGGCUCAGCUUUAAACUGGUUUCAAUCAUAUCUUUCUGACAGAACUCAAAAAGUCUCUAUUUCCAACCGCUCUUCCAAACCUUCAGCCCUGUCUAUUGGAGUUCCUCAAGGAUCGGUCCUUGGGCCGGUCCUUUUCAUCCUCUACACUAAACCUCUAUCAUCUCUCAUUAGCCACCACUCAGUUUCCAGUCAAUCCUUUGCUGAUGACACUCAAAUCAGUGACUCUUGCUUUCCUGAUCAACUUGAUGCCACAAUCCUUCGCAUACAGGAGUGCGUGGACGAUGUAAAGCGUUGGAUGACUUGCAACAAACUGAAGCUAAAUGAUGAUAAAACGGAAAUCCUUCUCAUCCACUCUCAAAACAAACCUCUCCCUCCAUUCGCUCCUUCUUCUAUAUCUAUUGGCAACUCUGACAUCACACUCUCUCCCUCUGCCAGAAACCUUGGAGUCACGCUUACGGACACCCUCUCCAUGGACAAACAUGUCACGAAUAUAUGCAGAUCAGCAUAUAACGAAAUUAGAAAAAUCAGCACCAUUAGACACCUCCUCUCCUUUGAUGCCACAAAAACUCUCGUCUCUUCACUCAUUCUUUCAAAAUUUGACUACUGUAACAUUCUUCUCUCAGGCAUUCCUCAACACCACAUAGAAAAACUUCAGAAGGCACAGAACUCAGCAUGCAGACUCAUUUUUAAAUUAAAGAAACAUGACCACAUUCAACCACACAUGCGGCAACUCCACUGGCUUCCAAUAUCCUCUCGCAUCAAAUACAAGUCUGCCAAUCUUUGCUUCAACUCGUUCACUGACCCUCACUUUCCUGUCUAUCUCUCUGAACUGUUGCUUCCUUACAUCCCCACAAGACAACUACGUUCUUCCAUUGACAGUAGAACCCUCUCAAUCCCAAGAACUAAAACUAAGACCAUCGGUGAACGCUCCUUCUGCUUCCAUGGGCCCACGUUCUGGAACCAGCUCCCCUUCCAUAUACGUCAUAGUGAAACCUCGUCCAUUUUCAAAAAGUCCCUUAAAACUCAUCUGUUUAGGUCCGCCUAUGACCUGUGAUGCACCCUCCUUGCCCUACCUCAUUUUCUGUUUCGGGUUGAUCCUGAAGUGUCAAAGUGUCCUCGUUUUAUAGCCAUUUUCAUUGUUUCUAUAGAAUAGUAGUUACUAUCCUAGUGUCUCAUUUGUAUUUACUUAGUUUACAUGUUUUAAUAAUUGUAAAGCGCUUAGAGCUUUAUGAAAAGCGCUAUAUAAAAAUGCCUAAAUAAAUAAAUAAAUAAAUAUUGAAUUUCACAAAGUCAUGGACUGGUCAGUAUUUAAUGUUUUGAAAUUCAUGGCUGAAUGUGACUUCAGAAUAUCUUCAAAUAUUCUCGCUAAGCUUUCAAUUGCUUCUUACGAUCUGUGUGUCCGUGGCUUCAUUUGAUCAGUGAUUUUCAAAAUAAAGUCUCAUCAAAAACUAUUUACGAUCAACCAUGGGGACAGUCAAGGAUGUCUGAUCUGGCACUAAUAUCACUUGAGAAGUGAUAAGGUGAAGGAUAUUGAUUUUGCUCAAGUGAUUAAUAGGUUGGCAGCUUUGAAGACCAGGAAAGGAACAUUUAUAAUUAAUGGUGAGGGUUGAGAUGACAGGGUGAGGGAACAUGGUGAUGGGAUAGGGUAAGUGGACAGGAGGGGAUAUGGUGAGGGGACUGGGUGAGUAGACAGGAGGCACAGAGUGAGGGGCCAAGGUGAGGGAAUAGGGCUAGGGGACAGGAUGAGGGGACAGGAGGCAAAGAGUGAGGGGCCAGGGUGAGGGAAUAGGGCUAGGGGACAGGGUGAGUAGACAGGAGGCACAGAGUGAGGGGCCAGGGUGAGGGAAUAGGGCUAGGGAACAGGGUGAGUAGACAGGGUGAGGGAAUAGGGUGAGGCAUCAGGGUGAGAGGACAGGGUAGUUAGACAGUGUAAGGGAAUAGGGUUAGGGGACAGGGUAAGUGGAAAGGGUGAGUGGAAUGGGUAAGGGAAUAGGGAAGGGGACAGGGUGAGUAGACAGGGUGAGGGAAUAGGGUGAGGGAAUUGGGUGAGAGGACAGGGUAAUAGGACAGGGUAGGUAGACAGUGUAAGGGAAUAGGGUUAGGGGACAGGGUAAGUGAAAAGGGUGAGGGAAUAGGGAAAGGGACAGAGUGAGUAGACAGGGUGAGGGAAUAGGGUGAGGGAAUAGGGUGAGGUAACAGGGUUAGAGGACAGGGUAAAAGGACAGGGUAGGUAGACAGUGUAAGGAAUAGGGUUAGGGGACAGUUGUAAGUGAAAAGGGUGAAGGGAUAGGCUGAGGGGUCAGGGUGAGGGAACAGGGCACGUUCACAAGGUAAUUGGACAAGGUGAGUAGACAGGGUGAGGGAAUAGGGUUAGUAGACAGGGUGAGGGGACAGAGUUAUGGGGACAGCACAUGUGGAAAUGUACUUGGACAGGGUGAGUGGACAGAGGGAGUGGAAAGGGUGAGGAGAUAGGAUGGGGGACAGAGUUAUUGGGAUAAGGUGAGGGGACAGGGUGAGGGGACAGGGUGAUAGGACAGGGUGAGUAGACUGGGUGAGGGAAUAGAGUGAGGGGACAGGGUGAUAGGACAGGGUGAGUAGACUGGGUGAGGGAAUAGGGUUAGGGGGACAGGAUAAGUGGAAAGGGUGAGGUGAUUGGGUGAGGGGCAGGUUGAGGUGACAGCGUGAGGGGACAGGGGGGGGGCAGGGUGAGAGGACAGAGUAAGGAGAGGGCUAUAUAGCUGGGGAGGCUCCUUGAUUCGAUCAACGCGAGGAGUAUAUUGAUUUUCGAGAAGUAUGGUGUUUGUAGUGUUGACACCAGCGGUCUGGAAGGGGGAAUAUAUGGUUGCAAGUCUUCCUAAUUGAUACGGGUUUUUAUUUGACUAAAGAUUUUGUGAUUACUGCCAACAGAGGUUGAUUUCUGCCAACAGAGGUUGAUUUCUGCCAACAGAGGUUGAUUACUGCCAACAGAGGUUGAUUUCUGCCAACAGAGGUUGAUUAAACGGCUAUAAACGAAUACGGAUUAAAAAAAAUGAUGUCCUGAUUUAUUUUUUUUUUUUUUGUCGGUGACGUAUUGGGAUAUUGGGAUAAGCGCAGAGCCAAGAUAAGGAUAUAAAGAGAUCGUGGGGUGUAGGGCAGUGGGCAACAGAGCCAAGAUAAGGAUAUAAAGAGAUUGUGGGGGGGAGGGAGAGCCAAGAUAAGGAUAUAAAGAGAUCGUGGGGUGUAGGGCAGUGGGCAACAGAGCCAAGAUAAGGAUAUAAAGAGAUCGUGGGGUGUAGGGCAGUGGGCAACAGAGCCAAGAUAAGGAUAUAAAGAGAUCGUGGGGUGUAGGGCAGUGGGCAACAGAGCCAAGAUAAGGAUAUAAAGAUAUCGUGGGGUGUAGGGCAGUGGGCAACAGAGCCAAGAUAAGGAUAUAAAGAUAUCAUGGGGUGUAGGGCAUUGGGCAACAUUCCGUCCACCGAGACAUUCAUUUUGCUAGACAAUCUGGGAGCUGUAUUAUUCGUUUUCUAAAAAACACACAUUUUCUAAUGAUUUCUAAUUAGAAUCCAUAAAAAUCAAUAAUUGCAGUGCAAAAUUGUCAACAUGUCAUAAUAAUAAUGACAGGGAAUUAAACAAUUAAUAAAUUGCUUAUUUUCGAACAGUACACGGAAUGAUUAGUCAGUGGAGACUCAUUUUCAAUAAUGUAUAUUAAAAUAUAGGCUAUCCAGAAUUCUCGGGGGAAAUCUGGCCGAAUCAACAAGUUCAGGGAUAUCAUAAGCUUUUCAUCUCACUGUCAUUCAAUUAUUUGUUUGUUUUCAUCUCCUUUUCAUUAAUUAAUUAAUUAUUUAUUUUCUUCCACUGUCAUUUUGUUUUUAAUUUUGAAACAAACAUUAUAUUUUACUUUCAAAUUAUCAUGUGGCCUACCAGGCAAAAAAACACCAUUAAUUCCAUGCCACCCGCGGGGCAAAAGUUUACCCAUCGCUCGUGUCGUCUGCUCAGACUGCUCUGUUUCCGGUUACACAUAGGGCGUUUGCAUAAAAAUGCAAUAGUGUGAUUUAGUUUUCCAAAACGUACAUUGGAUCUUAAAUAAUGUAGAAAACUAAUUUGUAUUAGAGGGAAAAAAAAUGAUUUCUCAACACGUUGUUUGAUAACUGGACAUUGUUGUGCCCAACAGGACAGAAUGUUGCCCUGAAGCAAAAUGCAACUCAGUCCGGUGUAUGGAAGGAGCACAACAUUGCACACGCUGCACUGCUCGCUGUUGAUGGUAACAGAGACAAUGAUCUGAGCCAGGGAAGCUGCGCUCACACUGACGUACCUGGCAGCCCUCGCUGGCAAGUGACGCUUGCGAGGCCGUCUCGGGUUAACAGAUAUGUGAUCUACAAUAGGAAAAGGGGUAAUUAACUGAUCAUUGAAAUGUAUUGACUCUUUCUUUCUCAUUAUUUCUCACUGUCUUUCUCUCACUCUUGUUCACUUAUAUCACUUUCUCUCCCUUCUCGAUUUCGUUCUCUCCCCCUUAACUUUUUUUUUCUGUCUCUCUCUCUCUAUUCCUCUAUCUUUUUCGCUCUAUUACUUUCUCUCACUCUCUUUCUUCCUAUGUGUUUCCACUUUCUCUCUAUUACUCUCUCUCUCUCUCUCUCUCUCUUUCUCUCUCUCUGUCCUUUUCUCUUACUUUCUUUCCGCCUUCUAAAAAAAACACUAUGUGUGUAUAAACCUUUCUGUUGUUACAAUGGGUUGCUAUUUCAAAAUUUGAAACCACUAAGUAAAUCGGUGAAGAUCAUUAAGUUGCAAUGACACCCUGCAGCAUGUAUAGAAUACUCGAACAAUAGACGUUGUUUAACCACUCUUCCUAAGUGGGUCAAUUGUUGAAAGUCACUCUGUCAAUCUACGGGUUUUUUUGUUUUGUUUUUUUACUUACACAACUUUGAAACCUCAUUGGAAUCAUUAAGUUGCAAUGACACCCUGCAGCAUGUAUAGAAUACUGUCAGGGCUACCCGCGCCUUUUUUUUUUUUUGAUACGGCGCUAAUCACAUGGUCAGUAAGCAAUUACAUAAUUAAAUCUAUCAUUUUGUCUGUUUAUAUAUUUUAAACUUUAACAAGCGCCGGGUAAAUCUACCGUUGCGUCGCCUUACAUGUUUAUCUUUAACCUUUGUAAGACGCAGGGACGCCAAAAGAAUGGCCGAGCAGUCGGUUGACAGGAUUCAUCCUAAAAAGCUUUUCCCAGGACGAUGGUCAAGUCUUCGAGUACCGAGAUCAGUCAGGAGUGGCCAAGUACGUUUACACCGUGGUGUCCGCGUCAACUGCCCCCGUGUCGAAAGUUGAAAUCACAGGAGUGGGCAAAGGUUACGACGGAUUCCUAGAGCUGUGUGAGGUGGAGGUAUACGGAGGUAGGGAGACCCCCCUAACGCUUAUGUUUCAGGGCUUAGUUUGUCACAAAUCUGUAUGAAUAAAUGAGGUGAUAAUGCUUGACAUCAACUUAACACCAUGUGCACUAGUGCAGUCGUCGGCAAACUGAUUAGUCAAAAGAGAAAAAAAAGUCAGCAGCAGGACGAUUACACAUUUUUUGAGAGAGCCACAUUUCUUUUCAACAACCUGUCAAGAACCAUGUCUUUCGGAGUCAAAAACCGAGUUGUGGCCGACUGGCCGAGCCGCACUCAUGUCACUAAAAGAGCCGCAUAAGGCUCGCGAGCCGCGAUUUGCCGACCCCUGUACUAGGGUAAAGGUCACACCGUUGGAAAUCUGGAACCCAUUGUUUGUCAUUCACCCGAAGAUAGACCGUGCCCCGAAAAAUUGCUUGGUUCUUUUUAACGUAAUUAUAACUAAUAUUUUUAAACGGCAAUCAUAAAUUUUUCUUCCAUUUUAACGUGAAAACCGGAAUAAAAUCGGCCUGAACUACGUCAUUAUCUACAUCCUCUUUAACAUAUAAUUUACAACAAACGAAAAAAAGUAAACCAAAAGGGAUUGAUGACUGCUCGAGUGUGAGCGACAGCAAGGUUGGGAAAACAAACAACGACCAACAAUGACACAAUUCGCUCCUUUUUUAAAAUAAAUGACCAUUUCACACCGAAGGGAAGUAAGUAAAAUUGAUACCGAUUGAAUAGGUCACACCCUUGAUUUUAUAGAAAAUGUCGGUUAAAAGUGCGUCCAGUCAGCUAGUAAAUGUUAUUAGUUGUUCUCCACUAGUCCACAGAAAAAUAUUUUUACCGAGGGUUAAGAAAAAAUGAGUGACUUGUUCAUCAAUAAGAACCCUAGAUUUCAGCCAGGCAAAAGUCAUUUGUUCUUUCCACACGAAUUCCCAUCUUAUUUAAUACAACAACGUGAAAAUAAAAUAGUUUGGGGUUUUAUCCCAAUUUCCUCUUGUCGAAACCAUUUUAACUGGAUUAGGUUAUGUGUAGGACUCCUGGAUUAGGUUAUGUUUAGGACUCCUGGAUUAGAUUAUGUGUAGGACUCAUGGAUUAGGUUAUAUGUAGGACUCAUGGAUUAGAUUAUGUGUAGGACUCCUGGAAUAGUUUAUGUGUAGGACUCCUGGAUUAGAUUAUGUGUAGGACACCUGGAUUAGGUUAUGUGUAGGACUCACGGAUUAGGUUAUCUGUAGGACUCAUGGAUUAGGUUAUGUGUAGGACACCUGGAUUAGGUUAUGUUUAGGACUCCUGGAUUAGAUUAUGUGUAGGACUCAUGUAUUAGGUUGUGUGUAGGACUCCUGGAUUAGGUUAUAUGUAGGACUCCUGGAUUAGGUUAUGUGUAGGACUCCUGGAUUAGGUUAUAUGUAGGACUCUUGGAUUAGGUUGUGUGUAGGACUUAUCAAAAGACGCAAUGGUGAAGGAAUUUUGAGCGUGAAUUAAAAAAACAACAAAAUUGCGCUACUGAACUGUGUUGAGGUUUUAAACCAUACAUAAAUCAUAACUAAGUGUUAUUGAUACAUUUUUGGCUCAUUAAAAUGUAUCGAUAAGUUGCAAUUCUAGAAAUUGGAUUUAUUUCCCACACACAGAGCCCGCCUGUGAGCAAGGAUGGUACGGCCUAAACUGCUCCUUGAAGUAUCUCAGCGCGAAAUGGGACUUACCGCUCAAUGUUCCUGCCGAAAACGAGACUACUGGCUGCCUGGCCAAUUUAGUGACGGGUGUGAAAACAGGCAAGUAGUCUCCUCUCUCACUCAAUGUGUAGUCUACAGGCAAGUAGUCUCCUCUCUCACUCAAGGUGUAGUCUACAGGCAAGUAGUCUCCUCUCUCACUCAAGGUGUAGUCUACAGGCAAGUAGUCUCCUCUCUCACUCAAUGUGUAGUCUACAGGCAAGUAGUCUCCUCUCUCACUCAAUGUGUAGUCUUCAGGCAAGUAGUCUCCUCUCUCACUCAAUGUGUAGUCUACAGGCAAGUAGUCUCCUCUCUCACUCAAGGUGUAGUCUUCAGGCAAGUAGUCUCCUCUCUCACUCAAUGUGUAGUCUACAGGCAAGUAGUCUCCUCUCUCACUCAAUGUGUAGUCUACAGGCAAGUAGUCUCCUCUCUCACUCAAUGUGUAGUCUUCAGGCAAGUAGUCUCCUCUCUCACUCAAUGUGUAGUCUUCAGGCAAGUAGUCUCCUCUCUCACUCAAGGUGUAGUCUACAGGCAAGUAGUCUCCUCGCUUACUCAAUGUUUGGUCUGCAGAUGUAUGGUAAGGUUACGCUAUUGAUUUAGACAAAUACAUGUGCUUGAAAGGAUAAAUAUUUCAUGUCAGUUUGUAAGAAUAAAAAAAAAAAAAAUUCCUUAACUUCUUCUAACCAGAUUCCACGUCAGUUCCGGUUGUCUACAUUUACGCCGUAGGUGGCGUUGCCGGCUUCCUGCUCGUCAUAAUUCUCGCUCUUGUGUUGACCGUGACGAUAUCUCGUAGAAAAACGUCACAGUCGCACGAGACGAGAAAAGCCAACAACCCAGUUGAGGAUUACUGCAGCUACAAUGGUGAAGCCCAUGACAACCAUGACUACCUAGCAUCGACAGGUAUCUCAGUACACUAUCUCAGUACACUAUCUCAGUACACUAUCUCAGUACACUAUCUCAGUACACUAUCUCAGUACACUAUCUCAGUACACUAUCUCAGUACACUAUCUCAGUACACUAUCUCAGUACACUAUCUCAGUACACUAUCUCAGUACACUAUCUCAGUACACUAUCUCAGUACACUAUCUCAGUACACUAUCUCAGUACACUAUUUCAUUCACGUUCACGCUAUGAUGAUAUGGUUUGCGCCCUGAAGUGGAUGAUUAAAUAAUUUUAAAAAAACUGGACACGUGCGUUUACUUCGAGCAAUAACAUGAAAACGGAUGCGAGUGAUAAUAAAGCAGAUAUCAAAAGACAAUAAGGGCUUGCUAUUACCGUCGUUGUUGUUUAUCUGUGUGCCGCGUAGCUCCAUGCUAUCAGCCUAUACAUUGCAAACAUGCUGAAAGGUCCAAAUCUGUCAGACUGGCCAAAAAAUAAUAUGUCAAAUCCACUCAACGCAUUCUAUAUCUAUAUAAAGGUCUUCAUUUGUUUCUUCUGAUUGCUACUGGGUCUUUUAACUGAACAUAAUAUACAUGUAAUUUAGCUGUCAUUGAACUUUCUCAAAAAAAAAAAACAAACGAAAAAACACAAAAAAAAAACACCAGUAAAUAAUUAAAGACGUAAAUAUUCUCUCAUAUUUUCUUCCUUAGAAAAUAUCGACGAAAUUUAGCUGUAAUUAAACUUUCCAAAAAAAAAAAAACAAACGAAAAAACACAAAAAAAAAACACCAGUAAAUAAUUAAAGACGUAAAUAUUCUCUCAUAUUUUCUUCCUUAGAAAAUAUCGACGUCUGUGAAGGUGAUCAGGACAUAUAUUCUAACCCUGCAGAGAACAUCUUUGGAGACAACCCAAAAGCUGUCAAUAUUUCAAAUCAGCUUACGGUCAAGCGCAAGACAAAGAAUGAAAGUAGUAACAGUCCGAUGUCCUACACGCAACUGUUGAAGAGCUCACAUGAUGGAGCCUACAAACAAGUCAGCCCUGCAUCAUCAGGAUUUAAAAUGGACGACGCUCUUAUUCUCCCAGAAGACGAAGUGGACGAUCAAAAUAUCUAUGAAAAUUAACGUUUAUUUUAUACAUAAAUGAUACAUUAUAAGCCAUUAUGUAAUGGUGAUACAUGAUCCAGAAGCUAAAUCUAUUAUUUUACAAUUUAAAUUUAAUACAUUUCACUUUUUUCUUUAC